AUGUCAGACACGGUUCCUCAGCCACAGCAAAAAUCUCGGGCGCCCCGGAGUCAUCGACGUAAACGAGCGAGAGAACAAGACGACGAGAGAGGUGAAGCAAAAGAAACGGCCGUCAAACACGACUAUGAUAGGACACCGAAGGAACCACGUUCAAAACGCGCAAGAACCAAUGGCAAAGGCAAGGAAAAGGAUUCUGAACUUGAGCUAGGCGAACUCCCCGAUGACUCAAGUAGAACGUUUGAGAUCGGUGACGAAUUCAUACCGUUCGCGGUCAGUGAUGAUGAAGCAGAAGCACCCAAAAAGGACUCUCAUCGCAGUAAUGUGGAAAUAACAAAAGAGAAAGCGCGGGAACGAGAAUGGGACAAAGGGAAACGAGAAUCACAUGGAGUUGGCUCGCACGAUGGAGGUGGCCGGGGAACAAAACGAACAUACGAAAUGGUAUUUGAUGAUGAAGAUUUGCGGGACCACAGAAAACGCCGACAGGACUUUCCUCCCACUUCAAGAAAGGCUCCUUGGAUUGCCAAAGUUGACUGGGACAGCUGUCUCAAUGUCCCGGAGAUGUUGCAUCGCGAGGUUGAGGCAUUCGUUCAUUACAUGUCACCAACUGAAGUCGAGGAAGAAAUUCGAGGACUGGUAAUCAAUCUCGUUUCGAAUGCGAUAACAAAUGCAUUCCCAGAUGCCAAGAUACUACCCUUUGGAAGCUAUGAAACCAAACUAUACCUCCCUAAUGGGGACAUAGAUCUCGUGAUCAAUUCAGGUUCGAUGGCGUACAGCGAUAAAGUGAAUGUCCUACGGACGCUUGCCAAUGUUAUCAAACGCGCGCGGAUUGCUUCCAAAGUCACUAUCAUUGCCAAAGCCAAAGUACCCAUCAUCAAAUUCGUCACGAUUUAUGGCAGGUUAAACGUUGAUAUCAGCAUAAAUCAGGGUAAUGGCGUCGCUGCUGGCAAUAUCGUUAACGGCUUUCUGAACGACAUGCGUGGGUGUGGGUUUGCGCUCCGGAGUCUCGUCAUCAUCGCGAAAGCAUUUCUAAAUCAGCGGGGGAUGAACGAAGUGUAUACCGGUGGUCUGGGCAGCUACAGUAUUGUCUGUAUGGCGGUCAGCUUCCUCCAGAUGCAUCCCAAGAUUCGCAGAGGGGAGAUAGAUGCAGAGAAGAAUCUCGGUGUUUUGGUUAUGGAGUUCUUUGAGCUCUAUGGUUGCUAUUUCAACUAUGAGGAAGUAGGAAUAUCCGUGCGCAAUGGGGGCUCAUAUUUUAGCAAGAGACAGAGAGGAUGGUACGAUUUCACAAAGAGGAACCUCUUGUCCAUUGAGGACCCUACCGAUUCUUCAAAUGAUAUUUCCAAAGGUUCUUACGGAAUCGCGAAAGUUCGGCAGACUCUUGCAGGAGCCCACGGAAUCAUGACAUCGAUGGCCUUCUUGCGGGCUGGGAUCUUAGGUGCACGAAGGGAAGGGCGGACAUACCCUUUACGUAGACACAGUGAACCAGAGGAUAUGAGCAUUUUGUCCAGUAUACUUGACUUUAAACAACCGAUUAUUGAUCCAGGAAGUUAUGACCAGCGGUUGCUCCAUAAGCUGCUCGGAACUUCUCCCAAGCCUCGUAUAGUUGUCGCGAACAUCCUUGAAACUGCUGCUCAUGCCAAAUCGUCAUUGAUUGCAGGCAGCAGCACACGGAUCCGGGAGCGUAGCGUGGAUAUGGUACUCGAAUCCGACAAUGAGUCGCUACCGCAGGAACCCAGCGAUUCCCGUCAAGAUAACGACGAACUCGGUAAAUACCAUAUCGAGAGGCGGCGCACAAUACAGAAGCAUGAACUUGGUCAGUCAGAUGAGCAACCCGAAUUCACCGCCGACGAAGAUGACUCAGUAGAUGAGGAAGAAGCGUCCUAUGACACGAGUCUAGAUGACAGGGCCUCUGGUGAUAAAAUGCGAAGUAUGAUGAACAAACGCAGAUCAUUUUGGCUUUCCAAGGGGGUCGACAGCGUUGAUGAUAGUAGCUGA